GCAGAUUAUAGAAAAUGGCUGAUGCAGAAGAUGUUCAACCUCUUGUUUGUGACAAUGGAACAGGAAUGGUGAAGGCUGGUUUUGCUGGAGAUGAUGCUCCUAGGGCGGUCUUUCCUAGCAUAGUUGGGCGUCCUCGUCACACAGGUGUUAUGGUUGGAAUGGGGCAAAAGGAUGCAUACGUUGGUGAUGAAGCUCAAUCGAAACGUGGUAUUUUGACUCUGAAAUAUCCAAUUGAGCAUGGAAUUGUGAACAAUUGGGAUGAUAUGGAGAAAAUUUGGCAUCAUACUUUCUACAAUGAACUUCGUGUGGCUCCUGAAGAACAUCCUAUUCUUCUUACUGAAGCUCCUCUCAAUCCCAAAGCUAAUCGUGAGAAGAUGACGCAAAUCAUGUUUGAAACCUUCAAUGCUCCUGCUAUGUAUGUUGCUAUUCAGGCUGUUCUCUCCCUUUAUGCCAGUGGUCGAACAACAGGUAUUGUAUUGGAUUCGGGAGAUGGUGUGAGCCAUACAGUCCCAAUCUACGAAGGUUACGCACUCCCACACGCCAUCCUCCGUUUGGAUCUUGCAGGUCGUGAUCUAACUGACGCUCUAAUGAAAAUCCUGACGGAGCGCGGUUACUCCUUCACAACUUCAGCCGAACGCGAAAUCGUGAGGGACAUGAAGGAGAAACUCUCAUACAUUGCCCUAGACUAUGAACAAGAACUAGAAACGUCAAAGACAAGCUCGUCAGUCGAGAAGAGCUACGAAUUGCCAGACGGACAGGUGAUCACCAUCGGGUCGGAGAGGUUCCGAUGUCCCGAAGUCCUUUUCCAGCCAUCCAUGAUUGGAAUGGAGGCGGCUGGCAUUCACGAGACCACUUAUAACUCAAUAAUGAAAUGUGACGUGGAUAUUAGGAAGGAUUUGUACGGUAACAUAGUUCUUAGUGGAGGAACCACGAUGUUUGGGGGCAUUGCGGAUAGAAUGAGCAAGGAAAUUACGGCAUUAGCCCCGAGUAGCAUGAAGAUCAAGGUGGUUGCUCCGCCCGAAAGAAAGUAUAGUGUUUGGAUUGGAGGUUCCAUUCUCGCUUCACUCAGCACUUUCCAACAGAUGUGGAUAGCAAAGGCGGAGUACGAUGAAUCUGGACCUUCGAUUGUACACCGAAAAUGCUUUUAAGGAAUUAUAGAAUACUACUAUAGUAACCAGCCAAGCAUAAAGUUUACUUGAUGAGAACUGUUUGCAACUUUUAUGGUUCUUUCAAUUAAAUGUUUGAUUUUUCACCAAAUAAAAAAAGUAGACACACACAUAAAU